AAAAACGAAUAGCUGUUAGUGCUGUUACUAGUAUUACUUAUUAGUUUAUUACUUAGAUAUUACCACUAAGCAUUAAAAACUGAAAAACUUUAACUAACAGUACCUAUUUUUUUUCUCUAUAAUAUCAUUAAUGAUGUUAAAAUGUUGUUAUCGGAUAGAUCUUCCCAAACCAAAGCAAAUGAAACUUCAAGCUACCAUCAGCAAAGAGAAAUUAGAUAACUUACAUAAUAUGUGUAAAAAUAUUAUCACAAAUCAAGCUAUAAACGAUUUAAAAAAACUAUUUGAUGAAGGAGCUCUGAUUUCAAGAAUGUGCUGUAAAGUAAAAAAUAAAUUUCGUGGAGAGAAACUUUUUAGACGCCUUAAACAAAUCACUAUUUAUAUAAAAAAAAUCCAUCAACUAAACAUCUCUGAGGUUAUAUUAAUUUUACUGUCAACAUUUGACAAUGGUAUGCCAACAAAACAAGCUUGUCAAUGGGUUGGUACUCGUAUAAUAGCAGUACUAAGUCUGAUCAAUCAAUUACAGCAAUUCAGUGAAGGUACAGCUCAACUGAUAGUGAAGGUGUUCCAAAAUGGCCAAUGUUGGUUAGAAAUGAACCUUGCACUUGCUAUGGUUAGCAGAGUGUGGAUACUUACCAAAUCGUUGCACAAAUCAUUUUCACGAUCCUAUGAACAUUUUAGACCUCUAGUGAAUCAAUUUAAAAUGUCUGAAAUCAAAUGGCUAUCAAAUUUUGAAUUACCUGAAUGUUUAAAUAAUAUAUUAGAAAAUAGUCAGAGCGAUUCAAUUGUGGAACUUGUAGAAAGCCCCGGGUCUGUUAUGAGUCGUAAACCAGAACCAGAAGACCCAAUUAUAAAAAAAAGAAAAAGACCUGGAAAACGAAGUAGAAUGUUACAAGAGAAACAUAAAAAUAAAAUAAAAGUUGUUAAAAAACAAAAAAUUAAAUAAUUAU